GCGCGGAGGGGUCAGAGCGGUUGGCGGGAGCGGGAAGCGCUGAAAGAGCUGUGGAGGGGCCGGCCGGAGCCAUGCACGUCGUGAAGAGAGAUGGGCGCCAGGAGAGGGUCAUGUUUGACAAGAUCACCUCCCGCAUCCAGAAGCUCUGCUAUGGCCUCAACGCUGACUUUGUGGACCCUGCCCAGAUCACCAUGAAGGUCAUCCAGGGGCUGUACAGUGGUGUCACCACGGUGGAGCUGGACACCCUGGCAGCUGAGACUGCUGCCACCCUCACCACCAAGCACCCAGACUAUGCCAUCCUGGCUGCCAGGAUCGCUGUCUCCAACCUGCACAAGGAGACCAAGAAGGUCUUCAGUGAUGUCAUGGAUGACCUCUACCACUACAUCAACCCUCACAACGGGAAGCACUCCCCCAUGAUCUCCAAAGAGACCUUGGACAUUGUGAUGGCCAACAAGGAUCGCCUGAACUCUGCCAUCAUCUACGACAGGGACUUCUCCUACAACUACUUUGGCUUCAAGACUCUGGAACGUUCUUACCUGCUGAAGAUCAACUCCAAAGUGGCAGAGCGCCCCCAGCACAUGCUGAUGCGCGUGGCCGUGGGCAUCCACAAGGAGGACAUCGACGCUGCCAUCGAGACCUACAACCUGCUGUCGGAGCGCUGGUUCACGCACGCCUCGCCCACGCUCUUCAACGCGGGCACCAACCGGCCCCAGCUCUCCAGCUGUUUCCUGCUCUGCAUGAAGGACGACAGCAUCGAGGGCAUCUACGACACCCUCAAGCAGUGUGCCCUCAUCUCCAAGUCGGCAGGGGGCAUCGGCCUGGCAGUCAGCUGCAUCCGUGCCACCGGCAGCUACAUCGCAGGGACCAAUGGCAACUCCAACGGCCUGGUGCCCAUGCUGAGGGUCUACAACAACACCGCUCGCUACGUGGACCAGGGGGGCAACAAGAGGCCUGGGGCUUUUGCCAUCUACCUGGAGCCUUGGCACUUGGACAUCUUUGAGUUCCUGGACUUGAAGAAGAACACUGGGAAGGAAGAACAAAGAGCCAGAGACCUCUUUUUUGCCCUCUGGAUCCCUGACCUCUUCAUGAAACGAGUUGAAACCAACCAGGACUGGUCCUUGAUGUGCCCCAAUGAAUGUCCUGGGCUGGAUGAAGUCUGGGGAGAAGAGUUUGAAAAGCUCUAUGAGAGCUACGAGCGGCAGGGCCGGGUCCGGCGGGUGGUGAAGGCUCAGCAGCUGUGGUACUGCAUCAUCGAGGCCCAGACAGAGACUGGCACCCCCUACAUGCUCUACAAGGACUCCUGCAACAGGAAGAGCAACCAGCAGAACCUGGGCACCAUCAAGUGCAGCAACCUCUGCACUGAGAUCGUGGAGUACACCAGCAAGGACGAGGUUGCAGUCUGUAACUUGGCCUCCAUCGCCCUCAACAUGUACGUCACCCCCGAGCACAGCUACGACUUCAAGAAGCUGGCUGAGGUCACCAAGGUCAUCGUCAGGAACCUCAACAAGAUCAUUGACAUCAACUACUACCCAGUGCCAGAGGCCGAACGCUCCAACCGGCGCCACCGCCCCAUCGGCAUCGGCGUGCAGGGCCUGGCAGAUGCCUUCAUCCUGAUGAGGUUCCCCUUUGAGAGCCCUGAGGCCCAGCUCCUGAACCAGCAGAUCUUUGAGACCAUCUACUACGGAGCCUUGGAAGCCAGCUGUGAGCUGGCCAAGGAGCAUGGCCCCUACGAGACCUACCCAGGCUCUCCUGUCAGCCGAGGAAUCCUGCAGUACGACAUGUGGGAGGUCAGCCCCACCCCGCUCUGGGACUGGCAGGCUCUGAAGGAGAAGAUUGCCAAGUACGGGGUGAGGAACAGCCUCCUCAUCUCCCCCAUGCCCACGGCCUCCACGGCGCAGAUCCUGGGCAACAACGAGUCCAUGGAGCCCUACACCAGCAACAUCUACACCCGCAGGGUCCUCUCUGGGGAGUUCCAGGUGGUCAACCCUCACCUGUUGAAGGACCUGACAGAGAGGGGCCUGUGGAAUGAGGAGAUGAAGAACCAGAUCAUAGCUCACAAUGGCUCCAUCCAGCACAUCGCCGAGGUGCCCGAGGAGCUGAAGCAGCUCUACAAGACCGUGUGGGAGAUCUCGCAGAAGAGCAUCCUGCGGAUGGCCGCGGCCCGCGGAGCCUUCAUCGACCAGAGCCAGUCCCUCAACAUCCACAUCGCGGAGCCCAACUACGGCAAGCUCACCAGCAUGCACUUCUACGGCUGGAAGCAGGGGCUGAAGACUGGAAUGUACUACCUGAGGACCAAACCAGCUGCCAACCCCAUCCAGUUCACCCUCAACAAGGAGAAGCUCCGAGAGAAGGAGAAGACCUCCAAGGAGGAAGAGGAGAAGGAGAGGAACAAAGCAGCCAUGGUCUGCUCCUUGGAGAACCGAGAAGAGUGUCUCAUGUGUGGCUCCUGAGAGCCACCCUGGGGGAGUCCUCCUGAGGCUUCACCUGCUGGUUUGGCCCAGUUGGGUUUUGGAGCCUCUUCCAGAUGGUUGAGGCUUGGCUCCAGGGAUGGUUCCUGAGAAGCUUUGUGUAGAGGUUUAGGAGCUGGAGGCCUCCUCCAAGAACUUCUGCUGUGGUCUUCAGCUUGAGGUCUUCAGCUGAGCUAUUAAAGAGCUGCUCUGAGGACCUGA